GAGAGUUAAGGCUUUGGGUUUGGAUUGAAAGCCACUGAAAAAGGCAUUGCAUUCAUAGAGGAGAGUGAGUGUUGUGUUCAACACAACAGUAAUAGUCACACAGUUUUUCAGGUGUUUUUGUUGUGUUUGGUUUGCGGCCAACCCAAGUGUCAAGUCAUAAGUAGAGUGACCAACAGUUUUGCGGUGACAGCACCCGAAGCCCACGCACACCAUGUCGUCCUAUAACAAGGGCGACGACACCGGCAGCUAUCGGCUGGCCGUCAGUCCCGAUCUGCCCGACGACGGACUCACACCCGAGGGUCGGCCCAAACUGUUGCGAUACAAGAAGAGUCCACACAUGGGUCGCAAGAAGCAGGACUUGGAAGAGCUGAAGAAGGAGGUGACCAUGGAGGAGCACCGCAUCCCACUCGACAUGCUCUGCGCCCAAUUGGCCACCGAUCCCGAUCUCGGUCUGACACCAGAACAGGCACAUGAGGUACUGCUGAGAGACGGUCUGAACGCGUUAUCGCCGCCAAAACGGACACCAGAAUGGGUUAAAUUCAGCAAAAAUCUGUUCGGAGGGUUCGCUCUACUGCUAUGGAUCGGUGCCAUACUUUGUUUCAUCGCAUAUGGCAUUCAGGCCUCCUCUUUCGAUGAGGCACCUGAUGAUAAUUUAUAUCUAGGAAUAGUGUUGGCAUCGGUGGUGAUAGUGACCGGAUGUUUCUCCUACUAUCAGGAGGCGAAGAGCUCCAAAAUAAUGGACUCAUUCAAGAAUAUGAUACCACAAUACGCGACAGUCAUCCGAAAUGGACAGAAAUACACGAUUCCGGCUGAAGAGGUUGUGUUGGGAGAAGUGGUGGAAGUGAAAGGCGGCGAUCGUAUACCGGCCGACAUACGGGUCAUUCAGGCCCACGGCUUCAAAGUGGACAACUCGUCGCUGACCGGCGAAUCGGAACCCCAGUCCCGGUCUCCCGAGUGUACGAAUGAUAAUCCCCUGGAGUCGAAGAAUGUGGCCUUUUUCUCGACCAAUUGCGUUGAGGGCAACGGGAGAGGAAUUGUCAUCAACACCGGCGACCGUACAGUUAUGGGCCGUAUCGCGAAUCUGGCCUCUGGUCUGGAGAUGGGCGACACACCCAUUGCCAAAGAGAUCACUCACUUCAUACACAUCAUCACCGGUGUGGCCGUCUUCCUCGGUGUCUCCUUUUUCAUCAUUGCGUUCGCUUUGGGCUACCAUUGGUUGGACGCCGUUAUCUUCUUGAUCGGCAUUAUUGUGGCCAACGUUCCCGAAGGACUGUUAGCAACGGUGACCGUAUGUCUCACUCUGACGGCCAAACGUAUGGCGAGUAAGAAUUGUUUGGUGAAGAACUUGGAGGCCGUGGAGACACUGGGCUCGACGUCCACCAUAUGCUCGGAUAAGACGGGAACCUUAACACAGAACCGAAUGACUGUCUCUCAUCUCUGGUUUGACAAUCAGAUCGUCGACGCGGACACCACUGAAGAACAAACAGGUGUCUCAUUUGACAAGUCAUCGUAUGUGUGGAAAGCGCUGUCACGAGUGGCCUGUUUCUGCUCGCGAGCGGAGUUCCUUCCCGGACAGGACCACAUCCCAGUGAUGAAGAGGGAGUGCACGGGUGACGCGUCCGAGUCGGCGAUACUCAAGUGCAUGGAACUGGCCGUAGGGAAUGUGCCCACGUAUCGGGUGAAGAAUCGCAAGAUCUGCGAAAUCCCAUUCAACUCGACCAACAAAUAUCACGUAACCAUUCACGAGGUGGAGGGCGGCGUCGACGGCAGCAAAGAUCACUACCUGUUGUGCAUGAAGGGAGCGCCGGAGCGUAUACUCGAGCGCUGCACAAGUAUUUACAUCAACGGCAAGGAUCACGAUCUGGACGAGGCCUGGGCUGAGAAGUUCAACAACGCGUACCUCGAGUUGGGCGGACUCGGCGAACGGGUGAUCGGUUUCUGCGACUAUCGACUCUCCAAAGAGGACUACCCGAAGGGCUACGAGUUUAAUGGCGACGAUAAUAACUUCCCGUUGACUGGUCUCAGAUUCUUGGGACUCAUAUCGAUGAUAGACCCGCCGCGAGCGGCUGUGCCCGACGCCGUGGCCAAGUGUCGCAGCGCCGGUAUUAAAGUGAUUAUGGUUACCGGCGAUCAUCCAAUCACCGCUCAGGCCAUCGCCAAAGCCGUCGGCAUUAUCUCCGAAGGCAACGAAACCACUGAAGACAUCGCCAAACGCAUGAAUAUUCCCAUCGAAGAGGUGGACCCGAGACAGGCGAAGGUGGCCAUAGUUCACGGCUCGCAGCUUAAGACAAUAUCUACAGAGGAAUUGGACGAUAUUCUUCAUCACCACACGGAGAUUGUGUUCGCCCGGACGUCACCGCAACAGAAGCUGAUUAUAGUGGAGGGCUGUCAACGACAGGGAGCUAUUGUGGCCGUCACUGGCGAUGGUGUCAACGACUCGCCAGCUCUGAAGAAGGCUGAUAUCGGUAUAGCUAUGGGUAUCGCCGGCUCCGAUGUGUCUAAACAGGCGGCAGAUAUGAUACUAUUGGACGACAACUUCGCGUCGAUAGUGACGGGUGUAGAAGAAGGACGGCUUAUAUUUGAUAACUUGAAAAAGUCGAUCGCAUACACACUGACCAGUAAUAUACCGGAGAUAUCGCCAUUCUUGGUGUUCAUUUUGGCCGACGUUCCGCUGCCGUUGGGAACCGUCACUAUUCUGUGCAUCGAUUUGGGCACAGAUAUGGUUCCGGCCAUUUCGUUGGCCUACGAGAAGGCGGAGAGCGAUAUCAUGAAACGAAAGCCGAGAGACGCCAAGAAUGAUAAGCUGGUGAACGAGAGGCUGAUCUCGAUGUCGUACGGCCAGAUCGGUAUGAUGCAGGCCAGCGCCGGCUUCUUCACCUACUUUGUCAUAAUGGGUGAAAAUGGCUUUUGGAUGAGCGACUUGAUUGGUAUCCGCAAAGACUGGGACUCCAAAGCUGUCAACGAUGUGAGAGACUCUUACGGCCAGGAAUGGACAUAUAAUGACCGAAAAGUGCUGGAAUUCACAUGUCAUACGGCUUUCUUCAUUUCGAUUGUGAUCGUCCAAUGGGCUGACGUAAUCAUCUGUAAAACUCGUCGCAACUCUAUUGUACACCAGGGAAUGGACAAUCAUGUGCUCAAUUUUGGUAUACUAUUCGAGACAGUGUUGGCCUGUAUUCUGUCGUACGGCCCGGGAAUGGAUAAAGCGCUCCGAAUGUAUCCAAUGAAAUUCAACUGGUGGUUAGUGGCCAUACCGUUCGCGAUCAUGAUCUUCAUCUACGACGAGAUCCGACGGUAUAUUCUUCGCCGCAAUCCCGGCGGUUGGGUCGAGAAGGAGACCUACUAUUAGAGUGGAGAGAUUGUUAAACACAAAAACACAUCUUAUUUUACAUGAAGUGAAGGGAGAGACAGACCUAAAACCAUACAUCAAUAUAAUAUAUCACAUAUUAUGUGCAUUUCGUUUACAAAGUUUUCUCUUUCUUUCUUUUUAUUGAGCUUUUUAUAUAUGAAAUACAUUUUAGAUUUUUAU